UUUUGACUGUUUCUACGAUCGGCGGUGGUCUGCGAGUCUUUGAAUUAUGACUGUUUACUUUAGCACGGCGUUGAGCGGGCAUGGCGGCGGCGGCAUGAAGCAUGGAGCAUGGGUGGGUGCAUUGUGUGCGUGUGCGUGUGUGUGUGUGUGUGUGUUUUGAGAUGUGUAUAUACGUCCACUGUUCUUGAAUCCAUGGGCAUGCAGUGCAUACUAGCUGGCAGGACGGACUCAGGGAUGAGGCUUCAUGCUACAUACAUAUCCUCUCCUCGGCGAAAUCGAUUUACUCGUCAUUAUGUUCCAUCUUCUUUUCUCUUUUCUCUCUCGUCGAAGUCCUCCAAUCUCUGCUUGGGGUGAUGUGAUGUCUUCCAAUGGAUGCGGGGACGGUCCUUCUUAUGCACUGUGCUGCAUGUACACUCGAAAGGCAAAGGCCUGUCAGGGGAGUGAAGGCAGGGCGGCACGAUAUCCUAGCAUUC